AUGAACCCUGACGAGGAGAAUGAUCGGUCUUCCUCAACCCCCACGGCAACAUAUAAAUCUGUUUCUGGUCAGGAUAAGGAGAAGCCUCGCUUGACGGAUCAAGAGAAGAAGAACAACCAUAUUGCUUCCGAGCAGAAGCGCCGAGCUGCGAUCCGAGAAGGCUUUGAUCGCCUGACAGAAUUGGUCCCAGGCCUGGAGGGACAAGGGCGCAGUGAGAGCGUUGUCUUGCAAAAGACGGUUGACUUUAUGCAUUCAAAGUUACAAGAGCGACAUAAUCUCAUCGCCGAAGUGGAAAGCAAAGGGGGCCAUGUGGACGACUCUCUGCGGCCUUCAUAA